GGCAGAGGGGCCGGAGCGGAGGACACCUGUGGGACGAGAGCGGGUGCAGACUCAUGGCCAUCACACCUCAUCGGGAUGGAGCCACAGGGCAGAGGAAGCUCCCCCACACCACCGUGCAGAGGCUCCUGAACUGGGGGCUGCCGGCCCCCUGUGGCCGUUUCCUGAAGCGCCAGCCCGGAGAGUUUCCGGUCACUGCUUUCCUGCUGGGGGCAGGCACUGGAGGGCUCCUGGCCAUGGGUCUCUUUCAGCUCCUGGUGAACCCCAUGAACAUCUAUGAGGAUCAGAAGGUGGUGACAUUGUACAGCCUGGUGGGCUUGGGGGCCGUGGGCUGGGGGACCUCCCCUCACAUCCGCUGUGCCAGCCUCCUGCUGGUACCCAAGAUGCUGGGCAAAGAGGGCAGGCUCUUUGUGCUGGGGUACGCCUUGGCUGCCAUCUAUGAGGGACCCGCGGCCAAUCUGCGGCACAACCUCAACGAGGUGGUGGCCUCGCUGGGCUGCACGGUGGAGCUGCAGAUCAACAACACGAGAGCGGCCUGGCGCGUCUCCACCGCCCCACUGCGCGCGGUGUUCAAGGGCCUGCUGGGCAGCAAAGUUUCACUGAAAGCCGAGACGCAGAACCUCUCCAAGGCCUUCGAGGACCUGGAUGCCCAGGUGAACAGCGAGAUGGGCUACAGCCCCGAGGACGCUGAGAGCCCAGAGGGGACGGCCCGCGGCGUGGGGACCCACCGAGCCCCGCCUUCCGGGCGCCGUCUCUCCACACAGAAGAUGUACGAGCUGAAAACCAGGCUGCGCUGUUCCUACGUGGUGGACCGGGCCAUGCUCAGCUGCCGCCGCUGGUUCGACCGAAAGCACGAGCGGUGCAUGGAGCGCGUCCGGGUCCCGCUGCUCAACCACCUGCUCUGCCUGCCCAUGAAGUUCAAGUUCUUCUGCAGUAUCGCCAGGGCGAUGGAAGUUUGGUGCCGCAGUCGCAUCCCAGUGGAGGGCAACUUCGGGCAGACCUAUGAUUCCCUCAACCGGUCUGUGCGCGACCUGGACGGGGAAUUUUCAGCCACUAUUGACCUCAAGGAAGAGAAGCAGGUGGCGGUGCUGGGCCUCAACACGAGCUGGGAGCACGUGAGCGCCGAGCUGCGGGACCUCGUCCGCCGCCAGGAGGCCCAGCUGGGGUGGACCCUGGGGCUGCUGCGUGUGCUGCUGUCCUGCACCUUCCUGCUCGUCCUGCACGCGUCCUUCUCCUACGUGGACAGCUAUAACGGGGACAUCCGCUUUGACAACAUCUACAUCAGCACCUACUUUUGCCAGAUCGACGAACGCAGGAAGAAGUUGGGCAAGCGGACUUUGCUGCCGCUCCGCAGAGCCGAGGAGAAAGCCGUCAUCUUCCCCUGCAGUCCCUUCAUGCAGGCCUCGGAGACGAGAAACGUGGCGAGGGAGCUCGCAGAGACCCUGCCCGUCCUGCUGCUGCUGCUGGUGCUGUGCGGCCUGGACCGGGCUCUCUACUCCGUCUUCAACACCAUCCGCCAUCACUCCUUCCUGCAGUACUCUUUCCGCAGCAGCCAUAAAUUGGAGGUGAAAGUCGGGGGGGACUCCAUGCUGGCCCGGCUUCUUCGGAAAACCAUUGGAGCCCUGAACACGUCCUCAGAGACCACGGUGGACUCCAGCAACAUGCGCUGCCUGCCGCAGCCCGUGAGCCUGAACCCCAGGGCCUACGUGAGGGCCGCGCUCCCCGUGGGCCUGCUGCUGUGUCUGUGCCUUCUGCAAGCCUUCGGCUACCGGCUCCGGAGAGUCAUCGCGGCCUUCUACUUCCCCAAGCGAGAGAAGAAGCGGGUCCUGUUCCUCUACAAUGACCUGCUGAGGAAGAGGGUGGCCUUUACGAAGCUGAGAAGGGCUGCCAUCGUGAGCCGGGCGCAGCAGCAGAGGGCCCCCCGCCACCACCUGGCCGACGUCCUGCACCGCCGCUGCCCGCUCCUGCGCCGCUGGCUGCGCCGGCGCUGCGUGGUGUGCCAGGCUCCCGAGACGCCCGAGGCCUACGUGUGCCCGACGCCGGACUGCGCGGCCGUGUACUGCCGGUCGUGCUGGGACGACAUGCGGCGGCGGUGCCCGGCCUGCACCCCGCGCGAGGAGCUCUCUUCCUCCGCCUACAGCGACAGCAACGACGACGCCACCUACGCCGAGUGACGGGGCGCCUGUCGCUGUCCCCCCUCCCCAACCCGCUCGUCCGCGUUUAAUAAAAGCCCCUGCACUCCCGA